AUGAUCAUCCGGAAAAACUAUGGUGCCACCCACUUCAUCAUCGGGCGGGACAUGGCUGGUACGAAGAGCACCAUUGACGGCGAGGAUUUCUAUGGAGCCUACGACGCCCAAGAGACCGGCAAGAAGUACUCUGCGGAGCUCGGUGUGACGGUGACCCACUACGAGAACAUGGUCUAUGUCGGUCCAGAGGAAGGCUACGUCCAGGAGAGCGUGGCCAAGAGCAAGGGCUACAAAGUGGUGAAGCUCUCCGGCACCGAGUUCCGGCGACGCCUCCGCGCCGGCGAGGACAUCCCGGAGUGGUUCGCAUUCAAGUCCGUGGUGGAUAUUCUCCGGAAGGCGGGUGACAGCGCCUUUUGCGCCUAG